UUGGCUCAGUCCCCUGCACCUCUUCACAGACAAAGGAGGCCCUCCAUCAACACUCAGUCUCUCCACAAGUCCAGCAUAAAGAAGCUCCAAGAUGCCGGACACAAUAAUGUCCAAGGAGCCCAGUUCCAACCUGGAGAGCGCUAUGCAGAUGCUCAUAAAAACCUUCCACAAGUACUCUGGGAAGGAGGGCGACAAGUACACGCUGAGCCGGGGCGAACUGAAGGAGCUGCUACUAGAGGAGCUGGGGACUUACUUAGGGGGCUCCAAAGAUAAUGAAGCGGUUGAGAAGGUGAUGAACGACUUGGACGCCAACAACGACGGGGAGGUGGACUUCACCGAGUUCAUCAUCCUGAUGGGCGCCCUCACCGUCGCCUGCAAUGACUUCUUCCUGGAUGUCAAAGAUGAGAAACCGGCGGAGUCGGCGGAGAAGAAAUGAAUCAGUGCAAGAGAGGGAGAAAAGUGGGAGGGAGAGGUGGAAAGAGGGGGAAGAGGAAGAGGGGGAGGAGGGGAAAUAACUGUAAGAGAAAGAGGACAGAGCUGCAAUGGAUUUUUGUCUUGUGCAAUUUGUAAACUACACAGGAGGGGAGCGGUCCAGCAGAUAGUUUGUGGGCUCACAGUACACGGGGGCAUUCAGCAGGAGUGGUGUUUUCUCCUCUGCAACUGUUUUUCCAUACCACGCAGCAUAUCCGGAGCUAGUCGCACUCAAAGCAGUGAGUGACUUCACAUACAGAACAGGGUAGAUUUCAACUUCUUUCAACCAAAAUAUAGCAGUUUGGACCGUUUCUUGUAAGGCUCUGGAAAGGAAAGGAAGUUAAGCAGAACGCACACCCGGAUGUUUGAGCACUCCUUGCACAUUUGUGAACAUAUAUUACAGAUUAUCAUAUUAAUUGUAUGUACUCAGCGUUGAACAAUACAACAUGAUUUAUCCCCUCUCUUGCGCAUAUUUUGUAAUCCCUUUUGGUAAUAACCAAUGUGCAUUCUUCCAAAAAUAUUAAACGUGGCAUUUAACCAACUA